UUUAUACUUCGAAAUCAGUUGUAAUAGAGAAACAGUUUUUUUUAUAUAAUGUGUGAAUGAUCGAAUCGAUAAAUUAUAUCUGCCACGGAUAAGGUUUUUAAUUUUUAGAAAAACAGCGAAAGCCAAAGAAAAAAAAAAUUAAUCUGCUAUAUAACCGGUCAACAACAGCUGCCAUUUGUUUAGCCGUAAGAUUAGACGCAUGUAUCUAAGAUACUCUGCCGUACGUGCUCUCCAACAGUUUCCCAACAAAGCUUCAAACACGUUAAACAACCACCCAGGAUGUCAAUUCCUUCCCAGAUGAAGUGCCUGCUGAAGGAAACGGAGAAAGAAGGAUAUGAUUUAGUAACCCGACCUGUGCCCAAGGCCGGCCCUGGUGACGUCAUCAUCAAGGUUGAUAAGGUAUCGAUCUGCGGCUCGGAUAUCAACCUCUGGAAAUGGAAUGAUAUUGCACAGGUUAUCGCAACAGUUCCCUUUAUACCAGGUCACGAGGCAACCGGCGUCGUGGUGGCGGUGGGCGAAGGCGUGACGGAAGUGCGUCUCGGGCAGCGGGUGGCCGUCGAAAAUCAUUUCUUCUGCGGCCUGUGUUAUCAGUGCAAAGAAGCGCGGGGGGACAUCUGCCAGCGCAUGGACCAGUAUGGGCACGGGAGAGGAACAGACCAGGGCGGCUGCUGCCAGUUCUCGCGCGUCCCUGCUCGCUACUGCUACGUCCUCACCCGCGACCUGACUCCUGACCAGGCCGUUCUCCUCGAGCCGAUGGGAGUUGCCCACAAUGCCGUUGACAACAUCGACGUCAAGGGUGAAGAUGUGCUGGUCCUUGGCUGCGGUCCCGUCGGCCUCUUCGCCAUCGCCGUGGCCAGGGCGCUCGGUGCCCGGGCAGUUUAUGGCGUGGACAUAUCCCCAGCGCGACUCGAACUGGCCAAGCAGAUGGGUGUCACUCGCGUCAUCAAUGGUGCCAAGGAGGACAUCAAGUCGACCAUCAUGUCCCUCAGCGACAACAACGGCGUCGGUCGCAUCGUCGAGGCCAGCGGCGCCGCCUCACUCCUCAACCAGUCUUUCUCUUGGCUGAGGAAGGGCGGACAGAUGGCGCUGAUAGGCUUACCAAAAGCACCUCUGCAUGUGGAGAAUGUCCUGACCGAUGUUGUCUUUAAAUCACUGACUCUCAAGACUGUUCACGGGCGAAGGAUCUUCCGCACCUGGCAAGAGUGCGAGAGGCUCCUGGCUGACGGUCUGGUGGAUGCAGACCCAGUAAUUUCCCAUAGCCUCCCCAUGAGCCAAUUUGAACAUGCGUUUCGGGAACUCUUGAGCGGUGAUGCAUGCAAGAUUAUACUCGAUCCUCAAAACUGAUUGUUCAGGCAUUUACCAAUAAAGAAUACACACAGAAGUAAAAGGAAUAUUACUAUUAACCAAUGCCUUCACUCCUUGGCUCUGUACCUUUGUCCUCCAUCUGACUGAUCAUGCAUUAGAAGUAUGAAGCCCUGGUAUUUAUUGCUCCACCAAAGAGUUACUACUAACAUAAAGAACACAUAAAUAAAUUAAACUGGUUGUUGUUGUUCAGUAUCACUAAUCAAAAUCUGGAGAUCUUUAAUUUUAGUUUUUGAUAGAAUAUAAGACUCAGGAUAUAGAGGGGAUUCAAAGAGUUAAUGUCCAAUAAAAGUAUUAUCUGUAUUUUGCUAACAGGAUUUAGUUAAAAGAUAUUGACGGUGAUAUGUUCAAAUUGCUCCCUGCUCAACCCAAGAAACUUACUGCAACCAUACAAACCUGAUGCAAGUAUCACCAAUGCAGAUACAAAGAAAUUAACAAAAUUCACUCUAAUUAAAUCCUAUAGUAGUAUUUUGUGUUGCUAGUGUGUUGCAUAGUGUUACAGGUGUCUAGUCCUUCCCUUUAAAAUUACUGUUUUUUUUUUCAUCUAUAACAUUGGGGCAAUGUAGAAAGUCUACCUGACUUAAGAGUUUCCCAUUGAUUAUUAGUCUUCUUCUUGGGUAAUUCACAAUAGUUUGUACAUUUUCCAAAGAAUAUAUAACCUGUAUAUAUGUAUAAUCAAAUUCAUUAUAUUCACAUAUUGCAGGAAGAAAGACUUGCUGUGUCUCAUCAUUAAUGAAGUAAAGAGUUGGUGUCGCAUAUGUGUUUUUAGUUUGUAGUGGGAUUACAAAUAGUUGUGAACCAGUUUCUUAAGAGUAAAAGAGAUUACAGCCCUAGUAUGAUGACCAUAAAAUGACAAAGCCUUUCAAAGUAUAUCUAUGCAAUAAAAAGUGUAAAUUAAAUCAAACUUGCUAUAAAAUGAGCUUUUAUUUGUUCCAUAUAUCACAUCAGUAUUAGCUUAUAAACAUCCCAAUAUAAACAUUUAUACCAUACACAGAACAUCUUUUGUAAGCCAAACUACCAAUAGUUUAUAAUCCUAAAAAUUCAACAUCAACUGAUAAAUAAUCAUCAUUCCAGUUUUAAACAUUUCUGCAUUCCAAGUACAGUACAACCUCAAAAUUCCACUGUCAAAACUAUAAAAUUAC